UUCCACGUCAAAUAAAUUAAAGGAAAAAAACAUAAACCGACGGGAAAAAUUUGAAGCCGCCAAUAAUUUUUAUUAUUUUUACAAUUUUCUGCCAAUAAAAUUAUUAAUUUAUUAUAAAGAAAACUUAACAAAAAUGGUUAGUUUAAUUAAUACUAUUGACACCGGUCACGAAGAUAUGAUACACAAUGCCACACUAGAUUAUUAUGGUUUACAUUUGGCAACUUGUUCCUCGGAUGGUUCUGUAAAGAUAUUCGAUGUUAAGAAUGGUAAUCAAGUGUUAGUGGCGGAUCUUAAAGGUCACCAGGGACCAGUAUGGGAAGUAGCUUGGGCACAUCCCAAAUUCGGCAAUAUGUUGGCAUCUUGUUCGUAUGAUCGUAAGGUGAUUGUGUGGAAAGAAGGGAGUGCUAAUGAUUGGACAAAAAUCCAUGAAUACAGCAAUCACGAUUCUUCAGUAAAUUCGGUAGCCUUUGCACCGGCCGAGUAUGGAUUGAUGUUGGCUUGUGGCAGUUCAGAUGGUUCCAUAUCGGUUUUAACUUGCAACACGGAAUACGGUGUAUGGGAUUGCAAGAAAAUUCCAAAUGCUCAUACUAUUGGCUGCAAUGCCGUUUCUUGGUGUCCCUCGACAGUGCCAGAGCCAGCAUUUGACCAAAAGUCUUCGACACGUACUUCUGGUGUAAAACGCUUAGCCAGUGGCGGUUGCGACAACUGUGUAAAAAUUUGGCGUGAAGAUAAUGAUCGUUGGGUAGAGGAAAAUCGUCUAGAAGCUCAUUCCGAUUGGGUGCGAGAUGUAGCUUGGGCCCCGUCCAUUGGUUUGCCACGCUCUCAAAUUGCUUCUGCUUCGCAGGAUCGUCAUGUUAUCAUUUGGAAUAGUACAGAUUUUACCACAUGGUCUCCCACCAUCUUACAUACAUUCGAUGAUGUCGUGUGGUCGGUAAGCUGGUCAAUGACCGGCAAUAUUCUGGCCGUUACGGGUGGUGACAAUAAAGUUACUCUAUGGAAGGAAAAUAAUGAAAAUCAAUGGACUUGCAUAAAUGAUGAUGCUUCUACAGGCGUUGGUCAACAGUCAGAACAGAGAACACUUUGAAUUUUCUGAUUAUUCUCCAUUCUUAUCUCUCAUUUUUAAUUCCAAUUUCGUCAAUGUGUCAUGUUUGUAAAACAUCUAAUGCACUCUGAACCAAGCAUCUCUUCUCAUAAGCGGCAUGAGAUAUUUUUUUUUAUUUCAAUUGUGUAUAGAAAAGCAAAAUGUAAAAUCGUAGAUAAGAAAUUCUUCUACUCACAUUUUGGAAUAUUUUGUUUAGUUUAAAAUGAUUAAAACAACAAAAACAAAGGAAAAUGUAUUUAUCAUUUAUUCUUAUUGUAGCAUUCUUCUUUAGUUGUUAUUUUUCAUGUUUUCCUGUUUAAGCAAAGAAUUGUUACAUUUAAAUUCAUAUUUUCUUAAAUAAAGCUGUGGCCAGUCAACCAAUAUUAAUAAA